AUGGAGGCUCGACCAAACUACCGAGAUGAUCCACCCUCAAGCCCGCUCGAGGCUCCCGUUGCUUGGGACCAGCUACGGCUAUCACCCAUACUGGAAGCUCCAGAGCUGACAUUGUCAAUUGGACAGAUACCGUACCGCUCCCGCAUCACUGGUGUCAAUGAGAUAUUGCCCGUUGGUGCUUCCGUUGUCGGUGGACCUGGCACUGAUCUGUCGCUCAUUGAAACAGCACAGACGGUCCUGAGGUACUCAGGACGGCCACUUUGUGUUGCGACUGGUCGACAGAUGUUCGAAGACGACUAUCAGAUUCUUUGA